AUGUACUUUCCACAAAGUUCUCAUCUCACUUCAUUUCUCACGUCGUCUUUCUUCGUGUUCCAAGUACGCGUUUCGCUUAGUUCUACAACAUGGCCGGCCCGCUCCUCAACCUUACCAUCUUCAAAAAGUCCACAUUCCACGCACUCCGCGCCAUUUCUCUAGUCGCCUUCCCGCCUGCCUUCAUCAUCCUGCUCAUCCAAGGGAUUAUCUCUGGCGAUGUGAACCCAGCCAUCGGCAUCUUGCCGCUCUUCUUCUCGUCUGCAUUCUCGGCCCUACUUCUGGCCAAUGAGAAGAAAUGCGGUUGCCAGGCUUCCGGACUGACCGGGACGCCCAUUCAUUUGGUGUUCGAUGUGUGUUUAGGCGUUGGGUUGUUGGUUUGCUUGAUCCUGGAUUGGGUGUUCAUGGAUGAUUCACACGGUGAAUCGGGCAUGGUCAUGCUCGGUACCUACGGUACAAAUUUUCUCAUAUGCAACUUCCUCAUCCAUUUAUACUUCGUUGCGAGGCAACUUAGCGAUGCUCUUACGCCGGGUUCGAGUUAUCCAAUGUCCUGCCCACAGUGUCAGAAUGGGUCGUUCUCGGUGGGUAACAUUACGCUUGGUCCUGGACCGCGAUCUGACUAUACCCCGUUGCUUGAUGAAGGGGAACAGUCGAGGAACAGCGCAGAGGGAGAACAAGUUAAUGGAAGUGCCUCGAUUGUGUAAAACUGUCACAUUCUGCUGUUAUGUGCACAUAUGUAAAGUACGUAGAAUAUGUGUACACUUGCUUCUGCUAGCUGAUAAGACCCCAUCACUCAACUAUGGCUUCCACAUCUGGUAACUAUCAUAUGAAAUUCUUCCCUGCUAGACUUUCUUCUACGUGGCGAACCCAGUGCGCCUUUGCGACCAUGCUUUUCAGCACCAUUGAAGGAUCAAUCGAUGGUCGAAACAGAGGGCGCCAUUGACGUUGGUAGGGU